CUGUGAAUUUCCAAAGAGAGGUAAUUUGGGAAUAGUCUGUUUCCCUGCCAGCCAUAGCAGUCCGCGUGGGCUACUAGCAAACAAAGUACAUGCGCGCACGCGCACGCGUUAGGAAACCUGAGCAAACGGAGGGUUUUUUUGGAGUGGAUUUGCUAUAAAAGCGUGAGCUGCCUCUCUCACUGUCUGCUGACUGGAGACUCCUCUGUCAAACAUGAACUCUCUCCUCCUCGUGGCACUGCUCGGAUGCCUUGCGACCGUCUUCGCGGCCCCCCAUGAAAGGGUGAGGUGGUGCGUCACUUCGCAGAAAGAGCAGCAGAAAUGUACGGACUUCUCAGCCAAAGUUCCGGUUUUCUCUUGCGUGAGGAGAGACAGCAUCUUGAACUGCAUCAUUGCAAUAAAGGCAGGAGAGGCUGAUGCUAUGACAUUGGAUGGAGGGGACAUCUACACGGCAGGACUGAACAACUACAACCUGCAGCCCAUCAUCGCUGAGGACUACGGCACCAAUUCAGAAACUUGUUACUAUGCUGUAGCUGUGGUGAAGAAGGGCAGUGGAUUUAACUUCAAUCAGCUUCAAGGAAAGAGGUCCUGUCACACCGGUUUAGGGAAAUCUGCAGGCUGGAACAUCCCCAUAGGAACUCUGGUGUCCAUGGGUUUGAUUCAGUGGGAAGGCAUUGAAGACAAACCUGUGGAGGAGGCGGUGAGUGAAUACUUCCAAGCCAGCUGUGCCCCAGGAGCAAACCAAGGCACCAAACUGUGCGAGCUCUGCAAGGGAGACUGCUCAAAGACCCACAGUGAGCCUUACUAUGACUACGCCGGAGCUUUCCAGUGCCUGGCUGAGGAUGCUGGAGAUGUGGCUUUUGUGAAGCAUCUUACUGUGCCAGAAGCAGAAAAGUCGAAAUAUGAGCUGCUGUGCAAGGAUAACACCAGAGCCCCUAUUGACAACUAUCAACACUGCCACCUGGCCAAAGUGCCUGCUCACGCUGUCGUCACCCGCAAGGACGCACAGCUGGCUGAAUUCAUCUGGCAGAGCCUCAAUUCAGCUCAGGUUUUUCAGGGCUUUAACCUCUUCUCAUCUGAAGCCUAUGCACCUUCCAAAAAUCUGAUGUUCAAGGACUCAACGGUGAGGCUUGUGCAGGUGCCCCCAAACACAGACUCUUUCCUGUACCUGGGUGCUGAAUACACAAGCAUUAUCCGUUCCAUAAAGAAAGAGGAGUCCCCAAGCACUUCACCUGGUGCCAUUAGAUGGUGUGCAGUGGGCCACGCUGAGACAACCAAGUGCGACAACUGGACUCCCGCAUCUAUGGUUGGGGGCAGUGCCACCAUUGAAUGCUCGAGUGCCCCUACAGUUGAUGACUGCCUGAAGAAGAUUAUGCGUAAAGAGGCUGAUGCAAUGGCAGUGGAUGGAGGACAGGUGUACACAGCUGGAAAGUGUGGUCUGGUUCCAGUUAUGGUGGAGCAGUAUGAUGCAGGGCUGUGUGGCACUUCUGGAGCUGCCUCUUCCUACUUUGCUGUUGCUGUUGUAAAGAAGGAUUCAGGGGUGACAUGGGAAAACCUGAAGGGUAAGAGGUCCUGUCACACAGGGGUUGGCAGAACUGCAGGCUGGAACAUCCCAAUGGGCCACAUCUACGAUCUGAGUAAAGACUGUGACUUCAGCAAGUUCUUCAGCAGUGGCUGUGCCCCCGGAUCAAAGUCCGACUCUCCUUUCUGUCAACAGUGUGUUGGCAGCGGCAAAGCUGUGGGAGAUGAAUUUAAGUGCAAAGCCAGUGCCGAAGAGAAGUAUUACGGCUACGCUGGUGCCUUUAGGUGUCUUGUUGCGGGUUCUGGUGAUGUUGCAUUCAUCAAACACACAACCAUUUCUGAAAACAGUAAUGGUAAGAGACUUACACUGGUUAAUUUUUAUCUCAACCUUAACAGUGUGGCUUUGUACAAAACUCUUUUUGACUCUUUUUCCUGCCUCCUCAAAGGCAAUGGUCCAGACUGGGCUACAGGUGUGAUGUCCGAUGACUACCAGUUGAUCUGCCCUGGGAAGGCUCCAGUACCAAUCUCUGAAUACCAGUCUUGCAAUCUUGCUCAAGUACCUGCACACGCCGUGGUGACUCGUCCAGAGAUCCGCAAUGAUGUGGUCAGGGUUCUCCAGGCCCAGCAGGCAUCAUUUGGUAUCAGUGCCGAUGAAUUCACAUUCAAAAUGUUCCAGUCAGAAAACGGCAAGAACCUCCUCUUCAAAGACUCCACUAAGUGUCUCCAGGAGAUUCAGGCUGAAACAAGAUAUGACAAGUUUUUGGGAUCAGAGUACAUGAACGCCAUGACCUCACUCAGGGAGUGCGGUACUGACACUUCAGAUCUGGAGAAAUCUUGCUCUUUCCAUUCCUGUCAGCAAAAAAAUUAGGAGCAACCACCACAGACCAUGAGGAGCCUCAUCCUGUCCUCCAUGAUUUGAGCACCUCACCCACACAUCCCACAUUCAUCUUAAUGAUUGCAGUGUGUAUGUUUCUACUGAUCUUGUUGUAGAUGUCUUUUUAGAAGUACAGAAUCAAAAACAAACUGAUAUAUUUCACAUGCAAAACCUACAAAUAAGCCUUUCUGUGACCAAUCAUGCACAGAUUUUUAUUUGAAUGCUUUUUAAACUGAAUAUUACAAUACCUGUAUCUUUAGAACAACUAUGUUUUCUUACACAUGACUUUUCCCAAAUAAAGCUUUUGAAUGCC